AUGUUAAUUAAAACAUUAGAACAAACAAAAAAUGUUCGACGUGCAAUUUAUUUACCUACACUUGCUAAAGCACAAGCAACAAAAGUACCACACGAUAAAGAAAAUGUUCAGUUUAUUCCACUAGAAAACUUUGAACAAACAGGGAAAAAUGCUCAAAUUGAUGAAACAAUUUUAAAUAAAAGACCACAGAAAACAGAUAUUGCUGUUAUUAUGUAUACUAGUGGAAGUACUGGAACACCAAAAGGUUAG